AUGUAUAAGGAUGAAAGACAAGGAAGGAGAAAAAACAGAGAACGUCCGCAGGCGGAAAAGAAGGGGAGUUGGGAAAAAAGCCAAAGCAGGAGAGAGAACAUCCUCAUUCUCAUUUCCACCUAUUUAUCUACUUAUCCUCAUCUAUCCUCACAACCAAACCAAAAAUGCGCCCUAACCAACCCACCCCCUCCACCUCCACACUUCUUUCCCUUCUUCAUCAUCAUCCUCAUCCGACCGCAACAACAAAAUGUCCACCUCAACACACGCAACAUCAACAAUAAUCCCACCCCAUCCACACCCCCGACUACCUCCAACGCCAUUAAUGCCAAUCCCAGCAGCGGCGGUGGUGGUCCAUCCUCCCCAUCCCUCUCCGUCACUCUCUCCAUCCCAUCCACCACCCCAACUCCACUCAGCUCCACAACAGCCAGUCCCACCUCCUCGCCCACUUCCUCUCCCAUUCCCCGCCGCCGUCGCUUCAACAAUAACCACUACUACAACAACGCUAUCGGCAGCCUCAACACCACCUCCCUCUCUGACUACAACUAUGGCCAAGAUUACUACUUUGGCAGAAGUAGUAAUAAUCGCAGCCGCAGCCAAAGUCCCUUCCGGUACUACCACCACCACCACCGCCCCUCAUCCAUGUCGAUGAUGCUGCUACGGCGACGGCCCUCGAAGGUCGAUUUGGCCCUCUCGGAGGAGCGAUCCCGUGCGGAUGAGGAUAAGAUUGAGCGGCUGGGAUUGGAUUUGAUGGAGCCGAGACCCGUGGAUCCGUUAUUGGGGGUGGGGUUCGCGUUGGAUAGUAUGGAUGAUAGUGUUUUUGGGGCGGUCGAUGGGGGCGUGUGGGAGAGGAGUGCUUCCCAGCCGAGGUUUGUGAUGGGUGGGAUUUUUGAGGUUAUGGAGGGGAGGGGGUGA